AUGGCGUCUCCAAAUGGAGUUACGGCCAAGUUGGGCUGUAAUAAGUUUCACUUCUCUUUCACACUCCUGGCUGGAUCAUGCCAUUGUGAAGAUUUUGAAACCUCUUUGCUCAGUUUUGAGAAGCUGGACAGAGCGUCACCUGACCUAUGGCCUGAGCAGCUGCCUGGAGUUGCUGAAUUUGCUGCCUCUUGUAAAAAUCCCAUCACAAAUUCCCCACCGAAGUGGAUGGCUGAGCUUGAGAGCGAAGACAUUGAGAUGUUAAAAGAGUUGGGUAGUUUGACAACAGCUAAUCUCAUGGAGAAGGUCAAAGGCCUCCAGAACCUUGGAUACCAACUGGGUUUAGAAGAAUCCAGAGAAAUGACCAGAGGGAAGUUCCUGAACAUCUUGGGGAGGCAAAAGAAGUGACAGUUCCCUCAAUCCAACCCGAUAAGUAACUAUUGUUCAGUACUAUUUAAAAAGAAGCUAUGAGGAAAAAAUGAGUUGGUAAUAGAGAAAACCUUUCUCCGGCCACGGUCUGAGAACCUGUACUUUUUAAAAAAUUUACUUUGCACAAACUAUAGAAGACCUGCCUGCCUUGGUUCAAUCCUUGUUUAUACUCUGUUUUAAUGAUGUAAAAUGUUGCUGCUUGUUUUGGUAUUAAAAAAUGGAAAUGGAAAAAAGGCCUGUCAAGUGAUUCAAAUUCCACCUAGCCCGAGUUUGAAAGAAAAUCUUUAAUUAAGGCAAUAACUUGGCGCAGACAGCGAAGAAAGAAGCGUCUGCCUGCGCCACCGGUGCAGCGCUUUUUCCUUUAAUGAGCUUUGGAAGAGGGGUCCCUUAUACACAAAACAUUGCGUAAAAAUAAUAUUGCUCAUUGUUGUCGCCUUUAAUCAGAGUUGACAUAAUUACUAGGACCAUUUCUCUUCUAAUUAGCACACUUCAGCAUUGUCGGAGCGAGCGGUCAGGCAAAAAGAGAAUCAGACAGGCAUGCCGAACGGGAAACAAAAAGAAGUUGGUCGACCAUAAUUAGGUAAGACAAUGCCUCUGACUGUUCCCGGCUGGAGAUGUCGCUCAGUCUCUGGCCGCUCGCUGCCAACAAGUUACACUUCUCCCCGGGCCUCUAAUAAGCCCCCAAUCGUCUUUCCGAUUCACACGGACAGAGGCCGCCUCUGCUUCGGUGACUUCACCUCCCACACCCACCCAGGUCACCCAUCUGAACAACACAGAUCAUUUGUACGAUUUAGCAGGCCACAGAGAGAUGCUCUGUCUCGGUGGAGCAGCCCAAUGGGGUUAAAAUGCUGCUCGUCUCUUUUAUAGGAGUGAAUAUACAGCACUUGUUAGAGUGUAUUCUAGAGUCGUUCACUUUAACGUUGCAACAUUUUACAUCGCAGGGUUAGGACAAUCCAUGUUCGUACAACACAAGGUUAUAGUUUUGUUAACAAUAUGGGCUAUUCAAAUAUGUACAUCUAACCUAUCCGGAAAGUGAAUCAAUCACAGGUUUAUAUUUUGUUGCCAUUUACAUAGUGACUCUCCGAGAAUACGAAAAAUUUCAAAUUUGCAUUUGCGUCUCCAUUCGAACAAUGUCGCAAUUCCGCAUGUAAACGAUGUAGUAUUCAUGCCAGGCCGUAGGGGGCAGUGCAGAUUUACUGGGCGACAGAGAAUGAUGCACUUUGACCCCACCAAGCUCCCUAAGCCCGGAAAAAAAUAUACCCGCCCACUCGAAGCAAUGGCAUUUUUCUUUUGUUCAAAGAGGCACAAAAAUGGAAACAUUCUACAUAUUUAAUUUAAAAAUCGUAUUAAAACAGUCAAUUAAAGCCGGCAUUCCGCCAUAUUUGUUGUUUUUUAUUUUUAGCAGCACCGCUGCGCACGCCCAAUGUGACGUGUACGAGUGCUGACGUUAUCGGCGCGGUCUCGCGCCGCGAGAGCCUUUGAUAUGCAUGCCGAGGAAGCCCCCCUCAAUCCCCCACAAUUGGAUUCUCCCACUUUCCACAGUUCAAAUGGAUUGGAUGUCUAUUACUGGUAAACUCAUUCCAAUUCACAACAGAAGCUUGUUUUUCUGUUUAUUAGUUGUUUUGUAGACUAUCUUAGGUUGAUUUCCUGACAAAUGUCUCGAUAAUCGAUCUAUCGCCAUAUCAUGAGAUCAUCGUUAUCGUAAGCUUAGUAUCGCAUAUCGUAUCGUGAGGUAUCAAGUGGUUCCCACUCCUAUAAUGCCAACCAAUCGCAGGGCAGAAAGAGACAAACAACCAUUAAUGCUCACAUUCACUUCAACGGACAUUUUAGCAUGCAACUGGCCUACUAAGCAAAUGUUUUGAAUCUGGGAGAAAACCAGAGUACCCGUGAAAAACAGGCACAAGGAGAACUUGCAAACUCCACAUACACUGCUGGCUAAAAGUAUUGCCACC